GCAUAUAAAGGCGCUUCUAGUGCAUCCUUCCUGCAGCAGUAUGCAGCUAUAAGGAGAAGCGAUCCCUUUGAGGGGACUUUGCCUGGGAAGAAAAACAACUUUUAGUUGUGAGAAGCAGCUACGAGCAGCAAUGAAACCACAGCAGGAGAUCUUGCAAGGGAAAAGUAGUCAGUGGAUAUUUGGUUAUGGCUCCUUAGUGUGGAAACCUAAUUUUGUCUACCAGAGGAGACAAAUAGGCUACGUUGAAGGCUACAAACGACGAUUUUGGCACGGAGAUGACUUUUAUCGAGGAGACAAGGAGAAUCCAGGAAGAGUGGUGACGCUGGUAGAGGACCAGGAGGCUUGCACGUGGGGAGUGGCCUACGAAGUGACAGAUGCUGAGAUAAAAGAGGCCUUUCAGUACCUCAACAUGAGAGAAGUGGUGCUAGGAGGUUACAUAACAAAAACGGUGGAGUUCAUUCCUCAGGAGAAGGGUAAGGACCCCGUUCCUGCCAUUGUUUACAUCGCCACCGCCGACAGCCCCACAUACCUGGGCCCGGCUUCGCACCAGGAGAUCGCCGACAAAAUUGUGGUCUGCAGGGGCAAGACAGGCCACAACAUGGAGUAUCUGUUGCGACUGGCUGACUUCAUGAGGCUGUCCUGCCCACAGGUGGAGGACGAGCAUCUCUUCUCCAUCGAGGCCGCCGUUCUGAACGUUUACCACAACUGUGCAGUAUAAAACUCCCUCCUUUCGAAGACUGUCUAAAAUAUAUUAAGCACCUAUAGCACAUAUAUUAAGCAUCUUACAUCACAUUACUGUCACUUGACAGUAAUAUGAGACAUGUAGCAGAUUGUUGCCUGAAUUAUGACCAUUUCGUUGUGACAUUAGAUUCUUGUUUGUAAUGUUGUCUUACAUAUUUUUUUUUACAUACAAAAGCAUGUGAUGAACUUUUUUAAAAACUAUAUAAAUGGAUGAAUUGUAAUCUAAUA